AAAUAUUAAUGAAGAUAAAUAAAUAGAAUCUCAGCAAUGGAUAUUAAAAAUGUACUAAGAAUUGUCAGAUUUUAUAAAUUAUGAUAAUUUGUCAUAAGAAAAAUAAUCUGUGAGAACAUUAAAUACAGUAGAGUACAAAUACAGGAUAAGUACUGAGUGGCGUUUAUAGUUUUCUGUUGCACAUGUAAUGAAAAUGUGUUGUUUGUUAGGAAAUUGGUUAAGUGAUUAGGGAAACAUUGUCUUUUCUUACUGUAGAAAUAGAAGCAUGUGUACUUGGAAAUGUCAAGAAAAUGGUUAACAGUGUUUAGAAGCUUUUUUUGAUAGUUGGCAUAUGUAGCCUAUAACUAAACCUGGAGUGGAAUUGGGAUGGGGUUUACGGAGGUAAGGUACUAGCUCUAAGCAUCUGUGAAAUCCUGCUUCAUUUGAAGUAGACAAAAAUGAACUAAGUGAUAUGAAUAAGGUUUUGCAACCACUGAGUUUAUCAAUUUUAAGUUUAGUGCUAAGAAAAAUAAAAUUAAACAUUGAAAAUUAUAUUUUUUAAAAUGUUGGUUUAUCUCAUUUAUUUUAUUAGUAUAAGGUAGAGGAAAGCUGGGCAAGUAUCAGGGUGAUAAUUGUUUUAUGGAACAAGGACUUUUAAAAAAUAAUAUUAAAUCUAUUAUGUGAUGUUAAAAUAUUAGAUUAUCUAAUAAUCUAUGCGUAGAUUGAGGAGUAAGAGUAUUUGUGUUCUCCAAUUGGUGUUGAUUUAAUUUGCAUCUCAUAAAAAAAAAUUGAGCAUUUUAGUAUAAUAUAAUUUAAUUUGUAGAGCCCAGAAUAGAUUUAGUAUCUUUUCUAAGUACCUGAUAUGCAACUUUUAGGUUUUACUUGCCCCUGCCUUCCAUCAUCCAAUUUGUCACAUUCCCUAUAAUAAAGCUGAUGAAUUCAUUUAUUCAUGUCUAAGUUGGGGUUGUAAGCCAGAGUAAUGGUAGAAGGCAAGAGGAAGAUCCCUGACCAGGGUCCUUUGAUAUGUAACCAACCAUCUUUUGAAGCUGAACAUUUGUUAUGAUAAUUUUUUUUUUCUCCAUCAUGUCACUAUAUCAGUAUUUAAAACUCUUUUCCUUGAUUACGAAAGCAACACAUGUAUUAUGAAGAGAAAAGGAACUAUACCCAUACUCUCACCAUUCAUGGAUAACAUACAUAACCUUCUUUAGGUAAAAAACUUUGCUGGAAUCUUUCCUCUUUUAAAUGCUACCUUCUUUCAAACUAUAAUUUAUUCUGAGUAUAAUGGAUAAGAAUGUAGUAGGAUAAAAUAACUAGGGGCUGAAGUGAUUCUUCAAGAGAAGAUGGAAAAGGAAAAGAAUCCCUAUGAAAUUACUGACACACAGAACAAGAAGGGAAGAGUGAAACAAAAAAAUCUGACCCUCAUGAGUAUGUCUAUAGAAAUGUAAAGUUAUAUAAAUAAGUAUUGUUAUACGUUAUGUAUACUUUCACUUAUUAUUCAUAAAAUUUAUUUUGAUUUAGGUAGCUUUUUAGUUAGCUCACUGCAUCCAAAUGUAAAACAGCGUCUUCAUGAUAGAGGAGUGCCCAGUUAGUGUGCCAGUUUUACGUUUUCCAGCCCUUUAUUCUCAGAAUUUAAACAGUAGGAUCUUUUCCUGAAACUUACCACAUGUCUUCUACUUUUCACAGAUGUGAUUGGGGUAGAAAUUCUUCCUGUUUAUUUGAAUAAGAACCCUUUGGUAAAAUUCCUUUGAUUCUGAGAUAACUAGAUGAAAUGUGUUGCAUAAAUCAUGUCACAGCAAACAGUUGUCACCUGGCACUAGAGCUUGAUGAAAUUUAAAAGUGUUGGCUCAUUGCCUGUAGUGUUCAGUUACAGUUCUAUAGACAGUCUGUUUGUACAGAUGAAGCAGUUCUUGGUGUAAUGUAAGAUUCAUCUCUCAAGUGAUAGGGCGUGUGUGAGUUGAUUCCAGAGAUCUUUGCUCUGAGCUCCCAAGACAUACUCAGAAGGGCUUUGUUUUAAAUUCUCAUUGCUCUCCCUUUGGCACACUUACAAGAAAAUGAACAGAUCUUAAAUUUGGUGAAAUUCUUAGCAUUUAGUUCAGUGUCUGUUGCAAUGCAGGAUUGUUUUCAAUACUAUUCUUGGCAGAUAAUCAAAUUUGAGUUUUAAGACGCCGUUUUUAUCUGCAACUACUUAUUCCCUCUCAGCUCUUGUCUUUACUUUCUUCUACUACCAAAAUUUGUACAUCCAUCUUUACUUAUUGGCAGUUUAGUCUAAUACUUAGCCUUUUCUUACAGAAUAAUAAGAUCUAUUAAGCAUAUGUAGAAAAAGGGUAAUGAACCCAUGAUCAUUAACUAUAUAGUUAUAGUUUCAGGAGGAAACUAUAACUAUUGGACUAUAUUCUUUACACUGUGCCAAACUUUUUCCUUAAAGCUACAUUAGAUUUUGCCGUUCCCAGACUUUAAAACCUUUGUCAACUAUAGGAAAACAUACAGACUUUUUGUGUCAUAAAACCAGUGUAUGUCUGCUUAAAAAAAUACUUUGUUCCUAUUUCCUACCCUCAUUACUCUUCUACUCGACAGGUAAAUUCUCAUAUUUCUGAUCUGAAUCCUUUUAUUUGUAUGUGUCCUUGUAAAACAUGUAAAUUUAUUUCGUGUACAGACAAAAACUGAACUAGCAUGUAUUUUAUAUUUGCAUUGCUUGUGUUAUGUUCUAGACAUUAUUUAUUUUGACCUCAGCACUGUUUUAAAGAUCUGUCUAUGUCAUUGGGCAUACAUCUGGAUUGCUACUCCUAACUGCUGCAUAGUAUUCUAUAAAGAGCAUUUGCUUCAUUUUAUUUUAUUCUAUGUAUUGGAGACUUAUAUUACAAGGCCUUUUUUUUUUUUUAUAACUUAUCCUGUAUUUCUAAGCUGUCUCUUGAAAUUACACUUCAUGCACCUUAAGUCCUAGCUGCAUGAAACCCAUCAUUCCUGUAUGAAAACAAUGUACUUUUUCAUAUUGCCACACCUUUGCACAUGCUGUUCCCUAGGAUACUUCCAGUCUUCUAAUGGCUACUUCCUCACGACUCAAUUCAGAUGUCAUUUCCUUGAUGAAGACUUAAGCAGCUAUUUCAUGCUUGAGCUAGUUGCUCUGUACUCUGCUCACACAGCACUUAUUUUUAUCUUGGUAUUAUAGAAGCCUACAAUUCUACCUAACAGUCUAUAUUUCUGUCUAGAUUCCUUGAAGACAGGGACCAGAUAGAUCUUAGGUAUCUUUGUACGCUUUAGUUUUGUGAAUUGCAUAUAGAUGGCAAUCAGUAAAACAUUCAUUGAAUGAAUGAACGUGUGGAGUUUCUUAAAGUGAAAUAGUGACCAUAUAAGCAAAAAUCAUUCUCAUAAGUAAGAAGAGGUUGGGACACAAAUACAAAUGUAGUAUAAAACUGAGAGAAUGGCAUACAGGAAGCUGAAUCCUAAAAUGCAUUGAGGCUUAUAAGGAUAGUAAGUACUGGAACAUGUUAUGUUCAGAUCAUGGAAGAAACAUAAUAAAAGAAUAAAUUACUGGUUGAGACAGAUGUAAUACUGGAUAGUGGAGUGAAGGCAGAGUUAUGGAACUUCUGGGUUUUUAAUUUCUCUAUCAAAAGAAAAUGAGAUUCAAGUUCAGUAAAGAAGACUAAUGACAGUGGCAAGGGAAUUGAAGUUAAGAAAGGCAAAGCAAUGAUGAGAAAACACUUUUUUGCUCUCAACUAGUUAAUGUCCUAGGAUUAAAUGACUUGCAGAUAUGAAUGGUUAGGUAAUCUUUGAACCAUUAUGACCAGUAACAGAGAUGCCAAAAGACUAAAGAUCAUGCAGAUACUGUUUUUAUUUUCAAAAAAGAGGAAAGGUAGAAUUCUGCUAUUAUAAGAUUAGUGGGUUUUAUGUUUAUCCUUGGGACAAUUCUUUUUUUGUUGUUAAGGUAGAGUCUUGCUCUGUCGCCAGGCUGGUGUGCAGUGGCACCAUCUCUGCUCACUGCAGCCUCUGCCUACUGGGUUCAAGUGGUUCUCCUCUUUUAUCCCCUCAGGUAGCUGGGACUACAGGCGCCUGCCACCAUGCCCGGAUAAUUUUUGUAUUUUUAGUAGAGGUGGGGUUUCACCAUGUUGGCCAGGAUGGUCUCAAUCUCUUGACUUUGUGAUCUGCCUGCCUCAGCCUCGCAAAGUGCUGGGAUUAUAGGUGUUAGCCACCGUGGCUGGCCCUUUGAACAAUUCAUUAACUGAUUAGACAGAUAUUUGAGAGGACUUAACUAGAAAAGGAGCAGUCUUCUAGGGACCACAUGGGCUUACUAGGAGUGUGUCAUCUUAAACAUGUGAUUUUUUUCCCCCAUGUAGGUUGAGUAAAUUGAAUUUAGCAAUGUUUCAGACAAAGUGUCUCAUGAUACGUUUAUGAAAUAUUUAAUAGAUGGCCAAAUUAGGAUUUGGGUUAUUGGGCCGGGUAAAUUAGUGGAUGAUUGAAAUAAUUUGAUGAAUGAAUUGAUGUCAGCUUGGAGAAAGGUAUUUCUGGUGACAUGGCAUGGUCGUUUUUUUCACUCUGUUCUAUUAAUCAUUUUUAUCACGGACUUGGAUUAAACAGGCACAUCACAUUUGCAUAUCACAUGCAAAAAGCUAAUAGUUUGGAUCAGGGAAUUAGGGUUGAAAAAGCUUAGUCAUCUGAAAUGAUUGGCUGAAACUAAGAUGGUCUGUAAUAAUGAUUAAAAUUUUGCAUAUAGGUUUGUCAAAUUAUCAAACUAGCCAUGAAUCAAGUGGGUGUGUUUUAAAAGAAGUUCAUAUGAAGAGACCUGGGAAGUUGUGGUUUAACUGUCACUGCCAUGCCCCACAGUGCCAGAGUUUGAAUGUGUCUUCUCCAAAAGUGAGAUGUGGAAGCUUAAGGGCCAAUGUGAUAACUAUUAGAGCACAGGACCUUUAAGAGGUCAUAAGGUCAUGAGGGCUCCUUCCCUUGUGAAUGGGAGUAAGACCCCUAUAAAAGCAACUUUCACAGCCUUCGGGAGCUUCCUCUUCUGCCUUCUGCCAUGUGAGGACACAGUUUUCCUCUACUAUGGAGGAUGCAGCCCUUAUCAGACAACCAAACCUGGCAACACCUUGACUUCCAGCCAAGAAUUGUAAGAUACAAGUUUUUGUUCUUUGUAAAUUACCCAGUCUCAGAUAUUGCUCUUUCAGCACUAACUAAAAACACAAGUGUAGACUGUUUUAAUAGAAGUGAACUACUUGGAAUGGGGAAGUGCAGUCUCUGUACUGAUGAGAAGAUAACAUUGUAUUCAUUUAUGGUUUCCAGGUUUUAAGAGGUAUCUGGGAACUUUAUCAUAAAAAAUAUUUUGAAGAAUCAGAAUGGUUUUUUUAACAUAACUUUUGUGUGUGUAAUGUAGAGAAAUUAUUAGAAUAAUAACUAUUUUCAAAUAUUUAAAGACUGAAAGAAUUAACCUAGUUCCAUAUUUGCUUAGCUUUUAAAUCAUGUAUAUACUUGCAGGCUGAGAAUUGUGCCAGGCAUUGGGGAUAUAAUAGUGACUAAAAACAGAAAAACUGACCUCCUUUUUACUCUUUAUGGCACCGACAGUCGGAUGGAAAAGGCAGACAUUAACCAAGUAAUUACAUGAAUAAAUGUAAACUGCAACGAUGGUAACUUCAAAGAUGUAGAGGUGUAUGGUGCUAUGAGAAAGAGUAUGUAGUAGGAGCAUUUGAUUUAUUUAGUAAGGGAAGGGAAGGGAAGGGAAGGCUUGCCUGAAAGUAAGAAAGAAUAUACAUUGACUAGGUGAAAAGGGGUCGAGAGGGAUCUAGGGUGAGCAAACAUGGUGCUUAAGAAAAACAAAAAGCCUGUCAAUGAUCACGUAAUCUGCUCUAAACCUGAAAAGGUAGGAAAGGAUGAGGUCACUCAUCCUUUAAAGACCUUGGUAAGAAGUCUAUUGCUUAUCUAGAAACAGUGAACAACAGUUGCUGGUCUUACAUAGAAGACUUCCUUAUUUAAAUUUGGGAAGAUACGUCUAGCUGCAGUGUAGGGAAUUGCCAAGAGAGGAUUUGAUAAACCACCUAAGGAAGAAUUCCAGUUAGGUGGACAAGGGGUCAUUGUGCUGCAAGAAAUGGGACUUCUCAAGGAAAGUGGAAUUUAGUCUUGCAGAUCAGGUGGGAGACAAUAAAGAUAUAUUUAGGGGCAGGAGACUUGGAUAUCUCAGUUUUACAAUUCAUAGCUUAGUAGCUCUGUGUAAGUCACAUUAUUUAUGUGCCCGUGAUUUAAUUGUGUCACAUUUUUCUCAUAGGUUUUGUCAAGAUUAGAUUUUAUAUAUAUGCGAAUGGCAUACAAACUGUGAAUCGUUAUAUAAAAUGAACGAUUUGUGGGGAAAAAUAAUUGUCAACCAUAGCCAUUAUUGAACAGGGUAGCCUAGUCAUAGAAUGGGAUUUCUUCAGCGGUUCCUAGUCUUAGCUAGUUGGAAUAGAUGAUUCUUUAAGAUUUGUAUUUUUGUAGUUUCAGAUUUCCAUAUCUCUUCCCAGGUGCCUUGGAGCAUUUAUUAACAAGGACAGCCUAAAUAUUUAUAGUAGGUCCAUGCUUUUGGCUUUCUAUUGGCAACGAAGUAGCUUGAUGUGAUUUGAAAUCAGUUUUAUACAUGUUCUUUCCCUUAUGUGUGAUCUCAGAUAUAAGAGGCAUUUCAGGAAUCUUGUAGCAAAACCUAAAGAAAAGAAUUAGAACUAUUAAAAAAUUCCCAGUAUAUCUUUUGGUAAGGUAGAACAUACAUAUCUGAAGUUAGAUUCAAGUACAUAGAGAUAUACAUGUAUUUCUUCUCUUGAGUAUUGCCUGUAUGUAUCUAUUUAUGCAAAGCUAUGCAAAUACAGAUCCUGUGAGUAGAAAUAUACCUUCAGUUUUUGAAAUGGUUUAUUUUACAAACCAAGAUAAAAUAGAAAUCAGGAUAAAACACAUUGUUUGGCUACUUUUUUGAGACAGGAAAGGAACGACAUUCCUAAAUCAUAGCAAAGAGUUCGUAUAGGUAACAUUAUUUAUUCACAUGUUUGUGCACACAAAAUCCGCUCAUAUAUUCAUUUGAACAGCUGUUAUAUUUAUAUGUACUACUAUAAUCUGUAUUUUUACUGAAAUCAUUUGUAUAUGUUACCACUAAUCUCAAAAACCUAUGCCCAAGUUACAUGGGAAUAUACCCUUUUACAGUGAACUAAGGCAAAAGGCCAGGUUGUGUCUAUCUUUUAAAAAUCUAAAUUUAUGCCGUCUUUUGGGAUAAUGCCUUAAACAUGUUAUAUAUAAUCUUUUGGAAUUUUUGUUGCUUUAUUGUUUAUUAGACUUAUUUAAUUUUUUUUUUUUUUUUUUUUAGACAGAGUCUUGCUUUGUUGCCCAGGCUGAAGUGCAGUGGCACAAUCUUGAAUCACUGCAACCUCUGCCUCCUGGGUUCAAGUAAUUCUCGUGCCUCGGCCUUCCAAGUAGCUGGGAUUACGGGCAUAUGCCACUGUGCCUGGCUAAUUUUUGUAUUUUUAGUAGAGACAGGGUUUCACCCUGUUGGCCAGGCUGUUCUCAAACUCCUGGCCUUAAGUGAUCCAUCUGCCUUGGCCUUCCAAACUGCUGGGAUUAUAGGCAUGAGCCACUGGGCUCAGCCACGUUUAUUCAGUUCUAAGUAGGUAUGACUUCUGCAUGUGUCUUUUUAUUUAGGACAUUUCUAUGCAGAAGAAAUAUUGUUCAUUCUAGUUAUUUAGUGAUAAGUAUUUAUUUUCCUAAUGAACUAGGAAUAAUAAUUGCUGAAAACUAAUUACACUUGGGGGUUGUUUAUACUUGGAAGUUGCUUCUGGAUCCAUAGCUGAGUAGAAGACAUGACAGGGUGUUAAAUCAGAUCUCCUCACAGACUUCCAUUUAUAUUGAUAAUGACCGUAAUAGAUAGGCCUGCCAGUAGGCUAGGAACUUUACAUGUGUUAUUAUUUAAUCUUUCCAACAGUCCUAUGGGAUGUGGGUACUGUUAUUCCAGUUUUGCAGAUGAAGAAGCUAGGAUUUAGUGAGGCUAAAUAACUAGUAAAUAGAGAGGACUAUGUUCCAUCCUAAGUUGCUUUUGAUUCCAAGACUGCUAUGCUAUUUUGAAACAGCUGAUUUGGUACAAAAGAACUUGGUUGAAAUCAUUUCAGUCUAAUCUCCUGGAGCCAUGCUACUUUCUAUGGUACUAUAUUAAAAAAAGAUAAUACACAGAUAACAGAUACAAAGGUUGAAAUCAGAAACCUAUAGUAUUCCCUGAGAAAUAAUGGAUUUCUUGUUGCUUUUAUAAUAUAUUUUUAAAUAGUGAAUGCAUACACACAGUAAAAAAUAAUUCAUAUAGCCAGAGCGUCUAUAGAGUGCAAAGUAUGCCUUCCUCCUAUGCCAGCCUCCUGUUCCCCCACACAGAAGCAACCAUUGUAUCUAAUUUCUGGUUAUUCUUCCAAAUAUGACAGUAACAUGAAUUUAUUUUUAUUUUAUUUUCUCAGGCUGGAGUGCUGUGGUGCAGUCAUAGUUCACUGCAGUGUUAAAACUCUUCAGCUCAAGCAAUCUUCCUGCCUCAGCCUCUGUAUUAGCUGGGACUAGCAAGCAUGCGCCACCAGGAUCAGCUAUUAUUUUUAUUAUUUUAUAGAACUGGUGUCUCCCUAUGUUGCCCAAGCUUGUCUCGAACUCCUAGUGUCAAGGAAUUCUCCUGCCUUGGCCUCCCAAAGCAGUAAGAUUAUUGUCACGAGCCACUGUGCCUGGCCAUUAAUUGGUUUUUUAAAAAAAUGACAUUUGAGUAUCAAUUCCAAAGAAAACUAGAAGAGCCAGAUCGUGUACCAGAUUGAUAUCUGAGUGGGCCAAGCUAGAGAAGGCUGGAGAAGGAUGUAGAUGACACACUUUCAGUGAUGAGAGUGUCAGAUAGGGUGUCAGCAUUACCUACCAUCCCCAUAGGGUAACAGAAAGUCAUCACAGCAGGUUUGCCUGGUUUUAUAGAUGAGAAAAUUGGUUAUUUAGGUCAUGUGGAUAGUUGCAGGUAGAGCAGAAUUCAUAUGCAGAAAUAUGCUUUUCAUUUUUCCAAUUCCUUCUACAGCACAAGUGACUGUAGAAGAACAAGAACAAGAGUGUAAUGAAGAACUGUACAAUUUAAAUUGUACAAUUCCAAAAUUGACUAAGGGUUUCUACUGAAUCAGCUGUUUUUCCUUGGAACUCUGAUUCUUUUUACUGGAAAAUACUAUUGGAAACCAGGAUCUGGGUGCCAGUUGUAAUUGCAGCUCUUUUAAAACCAAAUAUUGAGCAGACAAGAAAGUUUUAGCCAUUAUCCCAGGCAAAUACUUUUUUAGCAUCUACCAUUUCAAUAAACAAGCUGAAUUUUUACACCCAUCAAGCAACCAGGUCUUCAGAAUUAAUAGUAAAAAUGCCUCUGGAAAAAUACAUGCUAAUUGGCCUCAGUUGAAAAAGAAGAAAUACUUCCUAACUUUGGUAUCAGAAAAAGGAGACCAUCAUGCAGACAUCGGAGACUGGAUCAGACACAGGUUCAACAGUGACUUUACAGACAUCCGUGGCUAGUCAAGCAGCAGUGCCUACACAGGUGGUACAGCAAGUACCAGUACAACAACAGGAUAUAGAAUUGGGUUGGGCAGCGGAUGUGCUGGAAUUGUCUUUUUCUUUUGGGGUACAGCAGGUACAGACUGUGCAGCAGGUACAACAUGUCUAUCCAGCUCAGGUGCAGUAUGUGGAAGGAAGUGAUACUGUCUAUACCAAUGGAGCAAUCCGAACAACAACUUAUCCUUACACAGAGACGCAGAUGUACAGCCAAAACACUGGAGGGAAUUACUUUGAUACUCAAGGUAGUUCCGCACAGGUGACUACUGUGGUCUCAUCCCACAGUAUGGUGGGCACUGGUGGGAUUCAGAUGGGAGUCACAGGAGGACAACUCAUCAGCAGCUCUGGAGGAACCUAUCUGAUCGGCAAUUCAAUGGAGAAUUCUGGUCACUCAGUGACACACACAACUCGGGCCUCCCCAGCGACAAUUGAAAUGGCGAUUGAGACGCUGCAAAAGUCUGACGGUCUGUCCACUCACAGAAGCUCUCUUCUCAACAGCCAUCUCCAGUGGCUGUUGGACAAUUAUGAGACAGCAGAAGGAGUGAGCCUUCCCAGAAGCACUCUAUACAACCACUACCUUCGACACUGUCAGGAACACAAACUGGACCCAGUCAAUGCUGCCUCUUUUGGAAAAUUAAUAAGGUCAAUUUUUAUGGGGCUACGAACCAGGAGAUUGGGCACUAGAGGAAACUCCAAAUACCACUACUAUGGGAUUCGUGUCAAGCCAGAUUCCCCUCUUAAUCGUCUGCAAGAAGACAUGCAGUAUAUGGCUAUGAGACAACAACCCAUGCAACAGAAACAAAGGUACAAGCCUAUGCAGAAAGUGGAUGGGGUUGCAGAUGGUUUCACAGGAAGUGGUCAACAGACAGGCACAUCUGUUGAGCAAACUGUAAUUGCCCAAAGCCAACAUCAUCAACAGUUUUUAGAUGCAUCUCGAGCACUUCCAGAGUUUGGAGAAGUUGAAAUCUCUUCUCUGCCAGAUGGUACUACCUUUGAGGAUAUCAAGUCACUGCAGAGUCUUUAUCGAGAGCACUGUGAGGCAAUAUUGGAUGUUGUUGUGAAUCUUCAAUUUAGCCUGAUAGAAAAAUUGUGGCAAACAUUCUGGCGCUAUUCUCCCUCUACUCCAACUGAUGGCACUACCAUUACUGAAUCGAGCAAUCUGAGUGAAAUAGAAAGUCGACUUCCGAAAGCAAAGCUGAUAACUCUGUGCAAACAUGAGUCUAUCCUGAAAUGGAUGUGUAACUGUGACCAUGGGAUGUACCAGGCUUUGGUGGAGAUUCUCAUCCCCGACGUCCUUAGACCUAUUCCUAGUGCCUUGACCCAAGCCAUUCGAAAUUUUGCAAAAAGCCUUGAAGGUUGGCUUUCCAAUGCCAUGAACAAUAUUCCACAGAGAAUGAUACAAACCAAGGUUGCCGCUGUAAGUGCCUUUGCCCAGACUCUGCGAAGAUACACAUCGCUCAAUCACCUGGCCCAGGCAGCUCGUGCAGUGCUUCAGAACACUUCCCAAAUCAACCAGAUGCUCAAUGACCUCAACCGUGUCGACUUUGCCAAUGUCCAGGAGCAGGCUUCCUGGGUGUGCCAGUGUGAUGACAACAUGGUUCAGAGACUAGAAACAGACUUCAAGAUGACUCUUCAGCAGCAGAGCACCCUGGAGCAGUGGGCUGCGUGGCUUGACAAUGUGAUGAUGCAAGCACUGAAACCCUAUGAAGGAAGACCCAGUUUUCCUAAAGCCGCCAGGCAAUUUCUGCUAAAAUGGUCUUUCUACAGCUCAAUGGUUAUUCGGGACUUAACCUUACGCAGUGCUGCUAGCUUUGGCUCCUUCCACCUGAUUCGUCUACUCUACGAUGAAUAUAUGUUUUACUUAGUAGAACAUCGUGUUGCUCAGGCAACAGGAGAGACUCCUAUAGCAGUCAUGGGCGAGUUUGGUGAUUUAAAUGCCGUGUCUCCUGGAAAUCUGGAUAAAGAUGAAGGCAGUGAAGUAGAAAGUGAAAUGGAUGAAGAACUGGAUGACUCUUCAGAGCCUCAAGCCAAAAGAGAGAAAACAGAGCUAAGCCAGGCAUUUCCAGUGGGCUGCAUGCAGCCUGUUCUCGAGACUGGCGUGCAACCAAGCCUCCUGAAUCCAAUUCACAGCGAGCACAUUGUUACAAGUACUCAGACUAUAAGACAGUGCAGCGCUACAGGAAAUACCUACACUGCAGUCUAAAGAAUAUUAAAGUGUAUUUUUCCAGCUUACAUAACCCCUGUUGAUAUUGGGCUUAAGUUGAAAAUUUAAUAAGCCUGAAGGUCGACUGUUGUCAAAUUCUAUCUGUGCUGAACAUUAACUUUUUGGAGUUGUGAAAUGGAAUGGGUGUAUGUAUUUUGGCAGGUCGUUUUAUUUUUAACGUAAGCAAAUUAUUUGCCUCUUAAUAAUGAAUUUUUUUCCUUAGUUUCAGGUGUCAAGAAGGAUUUUUACAACACUUAAUGUCAAUGUUUUGUUUUCUUAAAAAGUAAUUUACAUUUUUUUGUAGCUUAAAAUAUUUUAUUGUUGAUUGUUAGUCUGGGUGUAUGAUUUCAUGUGUAAGUUUUUUAAUUAGAUGCACUUCUGUGAAAUAUCAAAAGAAAUGAAUUUUUUUGAUUUACACUGGAGGCAUGCCCAUUUGGCAGCAGAUGCAUCAAAUUUGCUUUUGAAAGGUGCUUUUCAUUGGACAGAACCAUAAGACACUAUUUUGAUAACAUUUUGAGUACGGAGAGAGAAUACAGAGCAUUUUUAUUAUAGUGCUAGAGGGUUUGGAAGGUCAUCUAUUUUUCUCUGAGGAAAAAUUGAGCUGUGCAUUUAUCAGUUCAGAGUAAAUGACAGAAUUGCAAGAGAUUAUGCUAAUAUGUACAUAAUUUGUGUACAUAAUUAUUAAACGAUGUUAACAAUGCAAGCUUCCGUUAAACAUUGAAUUUUAACUAUUAUUUGCAUACCAAUUCCUCCGUUUAAAGACUACUGAUUCUGUAUUUGGGACCACUGCACAGAUGCAUUCUGCUGUUAAGUGGGGGCUGUUAGAGUUAGAUACUGAAGCAGAAAAAAAAUGACUUGACUUUUUUUUUAAGUGUACAUGCUACUUAUGCUGAGCUGGACAUACAGGAAACCAUUCCAUUUGGAUGACUUUCUUUUAUUCCAGGUCUUUUUCCUAAUAGUAGUUCAAUAUGCUGCUAUUAUAAAAGAAAAUGUAUAGAAUGCAAGGAAUGUAGCAACCUACAUAACAUUAUUUCCUUCAAAACUAUUUCCUGGUUUCUAAAAUAUGUGGAUUUAAAUUGUAAACAGAACCUGAAGGCAGUGUAACUGGCACACCUCACUGUUACUUAUCCCCGAUUCUGUAGGAUUUGGAUAGGUGGCUGGAUGGACCAUUGCCAUUGAAGAAUGUACAUCAGGGAUCAUCGUACCUCGGCUAUUACAUGGUGCCUUAAAACAGAACUGAAGCUAAGGUUUAGUAAGGUUUAUUUUGUUCAUGUGAAUAACUCUUCAAUCCAUUUGACAAAGUGUGCCUGUCAUUUUCAGAUUCCCGAAGUAAGGACAGGUGACAUGUUCUUCAAAGGAAAUUUAGGGAAAACAAAGCAAAACAAAAAGACAAAAAUCAAUUUCCCCCUUUGAGUGACCGUGAAUCUAUUUUUUAUUCUUAGAGCUGCAUAUUUGCUUAAGGGUGUGGAAUAGCAGGCUAGUUUUAAUACCAACUUGUUACAUAAAGUCAUAUAUGUUUUAGACCAUUCUUACCUAGUUACUGUUUUAGAAAGUUAACAAAGUAAGCAGAUACUUAUCGAAGUGCAUCUUUUCAGUCUAAAUGUUUGUCUGUGUGUCUAGGUGCCGGUGUGUGUGUCCACGUGCACACAUGAGUGCCCAUGGGGCAGGAGUCUGCUACAAAGUCAGAAGGUGAGAUCCUAGAGAGUUACACCCAGCCCUAUUUUAAUUUGCAUGAAAACCCAAGGUUCUUUUAAGCCCUCAAAUGAUUAAAACACAAAAAGGCACAUCUGUUCAUUUAAAUAGUUGUAAAAUACUAAUCAGCAAAAAUAGAGAAUAAAGCCAAGAAAAAAAGCACAAAUUGAUUCACAGAUUAUUAAUGAGGCCUGUAUUAAACCCAAGAUGUUUAUCUUUCCAGUUGUAUUGGGGCAGGGGGGUGGGGGGGUGGAAAGAAGAGGUGAGCUAGUCUGUAAAGUUAGAAAUACCAAAUGGCUUAUCGGGUAAUACACGGUAUAUUUAAGCUGUUGUUGCUUGAUUGCCUCAGACUACUCAAAUAACAUGAACAACAUUUCUUAAGUAAAAUUUAAAUCUUUAGAUGUAAUUUUGAAAACUGAUCCAAAUUUUUUAUAUACAACUCAUCUAUUUGAAAGUCUUCACUAGCAUAGUAGCAUCGCCAUCAUCUAAAUAUCAUUUAAAUUGCCGUACCUCUUUAUCUUCCCAAAAAGACAAUGGAUUUGUACCAAAACACACACAAAAAAGCAGACAAAACAUGGUAAGCUGCAAAGGAUCAUGUAUCUACUUUAUUGUGCAUAGGAAGUGUUUAUAGGCAAAAUUAAAAUCAAAAAUUGAAAAGAUACUCUUCAUUCUGGCUCUCCUUUCUGAAUGUUUUCAGUUUCCUGUCUCUACCCACCAUCCCUUGAAUGAUACUAUGUAUUGGACCAAAUGUAUUUUACUGGUUUAAUUUUGUUUAUUGAAUGACUUUAAAUGUAUUUAUUAUCAUUGUUUCCUUUAAUUUAAUGUUGGAUAUAUUUGUAUCAUUAGAGGAAUCUGAUAAUGAUGGGCAAAUUUAGAUUGAUGAGACUUAGGGACUGGGGAUGCUCCAGGAUUCAACAUUUCUUCCAAUUGUUCAUGGUUUGUUCUAAAUUAGGACAGAUUAAGAACUAAUAAACAUUAUCACAUUUGAACUUGAUUCAAUAAAAAUAUUCUCAUCUCCUUUAUGAAUAUUUAGGCAUAUUCUUUGUGACUACUGUAAAUAGUUUGGACCAAAACAUAAAAGCAGACCUAUGGUUUAUGUUACUUCCAGUUAUUUGUAGUUUACAGUAAAACAUGAACACACAUACACACAAACAUUUUCAUCAAUUUAGAAUUUGAAUCGUGAAAUAUAUGAGAAAAUAAAAACAUACAUUUGAACAAAUUAAGCAAUGACAUUUAUUGCAUUUAUUUCCAUUUUUCCCUUUUUUCAUUCAUUGAAACUAGGUUUUCUAAAUAGUAUUAGACCGUAACACUCUAAGAUUUAUUCACAAAUGAUACAAGUACACAUUUUAAGGACUUCUUUGUAUUUCUUGCAAUUAUAACCAAUCACUAGUCAUGAAAUAUUAUUGUAUAAAUCAAGUGCUACACUUUCAGUGAGGAAGAAGGUUAAGGAAGUUAUGUUGACCAUUUUUAAGUUUCAGAAAAGACAUUUUCAUAUGAUAGGAUUGAGUAUCAUGGGUAUAGUUUGAUCUUGACAUAUACUUUGAAAAUCAUACCCAAAAGAUUUGCAUUCAUGAAACCAGUGAACAAUAGGGUGGAAUGGAUGAACCAUUUCCUUGGAAGACAGGGCCCAAUUUUCAAUUUUUUCUUUGGCUAUCAAGUUGCUAGUCACUUAUUCAGGAUUUUCAUCCAAACUGUGUUUGGACUGACUGUGUAAGUCUUACUGCCUUUUCAGAAAUCUGCUUUCCUUUUUGUGAUUUUUCUUGUACUGUAUAGCACGGUUUAUGCACCUCUCUUUAGAUGGUGUACUUUAAAAACAAAAGUAAAAUUUAGAAAAUGGUUUUAACACUGCAUACCUGAAAUUAAUAGUGUGCAACAUUGACUGCCUUUGAUUUCUAGUAGACAAGUAAAAAUGAAUACGUUCUUGUAGAAUGCUGUAAAAGUCAUUCAGGAAUGAAUGCGGUUUUAGUGCCGUAAUCAUGAAUCUUUUUAUAUGAAUGCACUGUCUAAAAGUGCUAAAUGCAUUUUCAAAUUUUUAAAAAUUCCUCAGAUAUAUUUGAAAUGUCUAAAAUAAUGCUGUGCUUGAAACAUUAGUGUAAAAGAAAAAAGUGUGUCACUGUGAUGUUGGUCCUCCCUGUGUGGACAGAAGUAGAAAGUAAAAACUUGGCAAUUCACCUUUGUGUACAAUUUGAGGCAGUGGUUAUAUAUAAUGAAUUGACCUUUAUUAUAACCCCUCUGCACACACAUUCUUGGUGAGAAAAUAACAGCCACCCACAAAUUAAGAUCAGAACUUUUGUGAUCUGUAUGAAUCACACUAGAACAUGGGGGAGGAGGAUUGGCGUGCAGUGCUAUUGAAAAUUGGGCUUGUUAGAUCAGAACAACCUCCAUGUAUAUGGUUAGAACAAAUCAAUUAAUGGAAUCCUAGUAUUUCUGCAAGUUUGGUGAUUUUUAAAAACUGGAAUAGAAGCAUUAAUUCAGUGCUUAGUUCUAGUAUUAGAAAACCCCUUUGAUGUAAUGCCUUGUAUUAACCCUUUGAGCAUUGUAAGAUAUACAAUGGGGGACAAAAGCCUUUCAGAUCAUUUAUUUAGACUUAGACCGGUAAAGUAUACUCUAUAUCCAAAUGUCUAAUUAUGCUGUUUUUUUAAAGGGGGGGUAGGAAGAGAAAGUGUUUCCACGCCGAACACUUGCAUUUUAUAUACAACUCUUAAUUUUUCUUCAAGAGGGCUUGAUAUAUUUAUUCCCAAAUAUUCACUGCCAUCUAAGUAAGUGUACUGUUUACAGAAAGAAAAAAAAAGAAUCAAACUUUUCUAGCAUCACACCAUAGUCUCUAGAAAAGGAGGACAAAUACAUGGGCCUGGAUAGACCCAUGUCAUAACUGAUUUCUGCACAUUGAAGGUACCUAGAUUGCCUUUAAAAGGUAUAAAGAAAGGGUUAAGUUUCUUUAUUUUCUUUUUUUCCCAAAACAAAACAAAAGAUCUCAUUUAUUUAGCUUUAGAAAAUACAAGUGUAAGUGAAGCCUUAGGAAGAAACGAGUUCGAGUGGAUUAAGAGAAUGUGAACUCUUUGGGGCAGUUAGGCUAUUUGGAGUUAGAUCGCUCAUAAAAUAUUGUUUGGGAAUUUCGCCCAGGGCAUAAUUUUAUCUAUGCUCCAAAACUUUAAUACUUUGUCAAAAAAUUAUAUAUAGACAGAAUGGAGAGCAAAGCACUUGAUUUUAAGCUCAUUGUCAGGAGAUGCUAUGACUACUGCUUCUGGUAUCUCUAAAUGUCAGUCUGCUUACACCAUUGCUGAUUUUGUUCAAGGGAAUCUCUUCAUGCACUUGAUUCCCUCUGUUCCCUGUGUGAUCGAACAUGAAAGCAGUGUUGUCUGCAGAUGUGCUUGUGCUGCCCUAGCUGGGCGCAAAUAAGAGUGUAACCUAUUCUGAUGUCUGGUGAAAGGACAUCCAAAGCAUAGUGCAAGUAUGCCGUAAACGUUGCUUUUUAGGCAGUUUAGGAAGUCAAACCAUGCAAAUUACUCAUGUGUUAACAUGCAAUACUCAAAGGGUUUUAAUUUAACUCUCUUCUUUUGAAUUCUUCAUGAUGAUUUACUGUAAAUGCUUCUCAGUUUGCAUGCCUUGAUCAUUGCUGCUAGUGAUUUUAUGUGCCAGUAGACCUGAGUUUAGUUUACCAAUUUUACUUAAAUAGUAAAAGCCACUUACAAAGUGACUGCCUAGGAUUUUUUUUCCCUUUCCUUUAAAAUAAUUGAUAACAUGGUUUUUUUUUUCUUAAGAAAAAUGUGUUUUGUCUCUUAUUUGAUUCUGAUUUGAUUCUUUUCCCCCCGUCUUUCCUUUGUUUUUUUAAAUAAAUUAUGAUGUUGGGAUUGGAAGCCCUGAGUAAUGAAAUCUUUGGUAAGAAUUGUUUAUGUAGCUCAAUAAUGAGGACAACAAAUCAUUUUUAGAAGAAUUUUGAUUCUGGGGAGGAAAGAAAAUAUUAAAACUCCCAUUGACUGUUGAUAACAAAGUAAAUUUUUCCUUCAGUAAAUUAGUAUUUUUGAAGAAACAAUAGCCUUGUUUUAACCUGUUAAACACAAUUUUAAAUGAUCCAAUAAAGAAGCUACUGAAUUGUAUUCAUUUAAAAAGCAUCUUUUGUACCAAAGCAAAUUUUUUUCUCUGCUCAUCUCCAUCAUCAAUUUGGACCUAUGGUGGUGACCAAUGCGUUGGUUACAGAAACUUUAAGUGAGUGCCUUGAGAAAACUCGGAAAUUUGUGCCUGAGGUGGUAAACUUUUAAUUAGGUUAAUUGUAGUGCUUACCAAUCAGUAACUCCACUAUCACUCAGGGCUUUCGUACCUUCUAGGUAAAACUUCUUUCAUUGUGUUUUUUUAAGAUACUGUAUUUUUUUUUAAGUGCCAUCAUUUAAAUUUCACUUAGUAAGUGGCCGAUUACAUUAUUCAGUCCCACAAGCACAGAAACAUAGCAACACUAGGAGAUAUUUGAACAUUUAUUUUACAAUCGACUGAAUAUAUUAUGUAAAUGAGGUAAGCAACUUUUGUAGAGAUUGUAUGUGUGAGAUAAUGUAAUGUUCUUUUCCAGUUUUUGGACUACAGUUGAAUAAACUUUUUAAUUAUUUAAAAACAUCUUUACUGAAUAACAUGUGAUGGUUUUUUGUAUAAUGUAUUUGAUUUUGUAAAUACGUAUUUCCUGAUGUGAUUUUUGUGAGAAAUGCUAAAUCUUUUAGUAUAUCAUGUCCUCUCAAAAUUGGCAGGAGCUAAAUAAUAGUUUGUGGGCGAUUUGUAUUGUGUACUGUACAAUAACUGGGGAACUUUUAUAAUUAUAAAAAUAUAUAUUAACUUUUAGUGUGUUGUUUAAACAAAUGACUGGAACAUACUAAAGAUAUUAGUAGGAUUUUUCUGAAUAUUUCAGACUUGAACUCAGGCUAGCUUUCUUGUGUUUUUCAAAACAAAAUGGUGUCUUGUCUUUUAAAAUCAAUAAAUUUGUUUCCUUGUUACAAAUA